UUAUUUUUUUUUAGAUUUAAGAUUAAAUAAUUUAAAAAAAGAGAUAUGCUUAAUUGGAGUGAAACAUUUUACUCAGUAAUUCUCUUUAUCUCAAUUUUGUUUGAGAUUUUAAUGUGUGGAGGUAUUGUGUAUGGUUGGGCAAGCGUUUUAGUUAUUUUUAAAGCAAAACAAUUUUAUUUUGAUUUGUGCAAAACCUCUUAUGAUGCCAAUAGAUUUUCAAUCACAGAAGAGUAUACUAUAAACACAAUGACAGACGGAAUUACAAUAAUAGAUUGCUCACAUCAAGAUGAUAUGCUGAACUUGGUUUUUACAACUACAAUGUCAGUUUUUAAUGUUUUUCAGUUUCCAGCUGGUUUAUUUAUUGAUAAAUUUGGACCAAAAGUAGCUAGGAUGAUAGGAGGACCAAUCCUUAUUACAGGAUGCAUGGGUUUAACAUUCAUUACAAGAGGUAACGAGGAGUACUUGUUUCCUAGUUUUAUUGCAAUUGCAAUUGGAGGAAUUAUUAUUACAUUGACUGUUUUCCAGAUUAGCAAUACUGUAUUAUGGAGAAGAAGGGCAAUUGUUAUGUGCAGUUUAAAUGGAGCUUUUGAUUCUUCAGCUGUUGUGCUACUUAUUUUUAAAUUGCUGCACGAUGUUGGAGUGGAACUUCAUCAUACAUUGUAUGUAUAUAGUGGACUUUCAUCACUGUUAAUUGCUUUUAUAACAAUUUUCCUGGUUCCUUCCCAUGAUAAGUUAAAAAGAUGGUCGAAUGAAGAAGAACUGGAAUGUUCACGAUCUUUUUUAAAUGACAGUGUUUCUACAAAACAAUUAAUAUCAACGAGUGGAAACAAUCUAAACAAUGAACGAGAAAACUAUUCAGAUCUUAAAGCAGAUGAUAGCAAAUCAAAGAAAAUCAAAGCAGAUGGUAAUAUUAAGGAGAUUAAAGCAGAUAGUGAUAUGAAGGAGAUCAAAGCAGAUGGUGAUAUGAAGGAGAUCAAAGCAGGUAGUGAUAUGAAGAAGAUUAAAGCAGAUAGUAAUAUGAAUACAAAUUCAUUAGUGACAAAUUCAGAAACACAUACUGUUAAAGCCACAUUUCUUCAAUCAAUUUUUACACCCAUCUAUAUUAUUGAAUUGGUAUCUGUAUUGUUUAUACAUUUAAGACUUCUUUGUUUUAUUGGUUCUUUGCAACUAAAUUUAGAAAGAUUGACACAAAACAAUACGAGUGAAGUGAGUAAAUUUAUAAAUCUUUUUGGAUAUCUACAGUUCUUUGGUAUAUUUGUAACACCUAUCAUAGGCCUAACCUUUACUGAUUUGAGAAUGAUAGAUAAACAACAUCUUGAAAAAGAGGAAAAUUAUAUCCACAGUUUACGGACUUCUGUUAUUCCUUAUUGUAUCACAAACUUUUUAGUCAUAAUGCUAUGCUUGUUUGACCUUAUUGAUAGUAUGAAGUUACAGGUACCUUUAUACAUUCUUUGCACGACUGUUAGAGGCUUUUUGUAUGCAAAUCAUGCCACUUUUAUUGGAAUUGCAUUUCCACAAUAUCAAUUUACAACGCUUCUUGGAUUUAGUUAUCUUUUGGCUGGAUUGUUUAGCAUUCUACAGUAUUUUUUCUUCUAUCUGACUAUUCAUGUCUUCGAGGGUAACCCUUUUUGGUCAAAUCUGAUACUUCUAUUCUUGGUGUUCCUGUGUAAUGCAUUCCCCGUUUAUGUGUGGUGGUUUUGUCGUCAAAAAGAAGCUUUGUUUAAAAAGUCUCAGCAACAAAAGUUCAACGUCCAGUGUAGUUCCGAUUCAGAGUCCAGCGUAGUUCCUGCAACCAAUGUUCAAAGCCUAGAAUAAUGUAAUAAAUUAUUAAUAUAUGUAAUAAAUAGAUUGUAAAUAUUUUAAUCAUAAAAACCGAAAAUAUUAUAAAGUUUUGACGAAUCAAUAGAUAAAGACUUUUUGCUUAUAAUAA